UUGGUAACAAUGUACCCUGACCUCUAUUUUAGACAACAUUGACAUGGUGAUGGUCAUGGUGAUGGUUAACAACAUAUCUAGAUCUAGAUCUACCUUGAACUUGAAGAUCUAGAUUUCUAGAUCAAGAUAGUAUUUGUAUCGCUUGUUAAAAUAAGAGGGAUCUAGAUCUAGAAUCUAGUGAAUCUAGAUCUAAACAGCAAAAGAUGGAUGAAAUUCUUUUAAAACUUCGUGCAUUUUAUUCUCCUAAGGGAUUUGAUAUUCACCCUUUUAAGGUCAAGUGGUACAAUGAUGAAGUGGACCAUCACUUUCAGUUUGAUCUACAUCCAGACACCUUGGCUGUGUUGGUUAUCAGCACUCCAGCAAUGUUUGAAAAAGCAUUUGUGCCUUAUAUCUGCAGUGAUGACUGUCAAGGAUCUUUGGAUCUACUAGACAAAUGUAUGAAGCAUCACUUUAGCUUUGUUUAUAAGUUACUGCCUUUAGAAGACAUUGAAAUUAUACACGAUUUUGAACUGACAGGAACACGGCGUCCAAAAAUUCUUGUUCAGCCAGCUGCUCAUGUUUCUGGGGCAGCUUAUUACUAUACAUCUAGAUGCUUAGAUCCAAAUCCUUUUAAACAAAAAAUCUUUGGUGUUUGUAUACAUCCAGAUUAUGGUGGCUGGUUUGCACUUCGUGGGGUUUUCAUUUUUAAAUCUGUCUUGUGUCCAGACUUGUCAAGAGUGGAACCAUUUGACUGUGUAUCUGACCAGUCUAAAAAGGUUGAGCUGUUAGAUUUGUUUAACAACCAUUGGAGGGAUGCCAGAUACAGGGACAUUAUCCCAGUCAAGCUGAAAUAUUCAGAAGACCAGAAGAAAUAUUUUGACACACUUCCCAAAGACAGGGCUCCACUUGUGAAUGAACUGAAGGAGAAAUAUAUGCAAAAAAGCGAUCUGAUCUGAUAAAAUUGAUUGGUAUGAAAAUACUUACAUUUAUUGAAUCCAUGUUUUGGUGCUGAUAAUUUCAAUUCUGGCAUUUGUUAAUAAAGAAAAUGUGUUAUUCCAGUAAAGUCA